UUCCGGUCCCGAAGGGGGCGUGGCAGACCCUGGAAAGCAAGGAGCAGCAGCAGCAGCGGCAGCACGCUUUGCAUGGCCGGUUGGCGGGAGCCCGUUCUUAUCCCGGGCCCCCGCAUGGCGUCGGCGAAGGUUCCUCCCCAAGCUAUCCCCGAGCACCGGCUGCAACAGGCUCUCAUUUUUAAGGAGGAAGGGAACCGUUGCUACAAAGAAGGCCGCUUUAGGGAUGCCGUGAGCCGUUACCACUGGGCCUUACUGCAAAUUAAGGGCCUGGACCCCAACAUGCCUUCCCCCCUGCAGGAAUUCAUGGCUGACAAGCCAGCCGUGACAGCAGAACAAGAGAAUCAACUCCACACCAUCCAGUGCGACUGUCACAAUAAUCUUGCCGCUUGCCUCCUUCAGAUGCCUCGGAAUUACGAGCGGGUGAAGGACUACAGUCUCAAAGUCCUAGAGAGGCAAGCCGACAACGUCAAGGCCCUGUACCGAGCGGGUGUGGCAUUCUACCACCUGGGGAACUAUGACAAAGCACAGCACUAUCUGUUGUUGGCCGGCAACCGGCAGCCCAAAGAUGCAAACGAACGUUAUCUGCAGCUGACCGAGUCACAGCUCAAUAUUUAUCUCCAGAGAAAACAGUUAUACAUGGGAAUGUUUGGCUAGCAAAAAGAAGCCUGCAGUGGAAAUCCUCCCCCCGAGCUUGCGUUUCUAGUUCAUUCCCAUGGCCAGCGGCGAAAUCGGUCAAUCAAUUCUGGAGUUAGGUAGUGCCUUGAAAAAAAACACACGCUAAUAGCCAACUCAUCUAGGAAAAGCAUCAUCAGCCAAAUGUCCCCUUUAUCAUUUCCAACGUGUUUCUUUCCUUCCUUCCUUCCUCCCUCCUCCCUCCUCACUAUUUGUUCAUAAAAUCUUGUGAGAAGUUCA